AUGCUCAACGAGCGAGACGCUCAACUGGAUGCCGAAGAAAACAUGUCCGGGCAAGAAUCGAUAUGGCGGGGUGUUUACAAUCUAAUGCGUUGCCCAUCCUCCUCAUGCCAUCUCGACCCACAUUGCUGGCAAGACCCCCACGGAAAGAAGCACUCUAAACUAAGGAGCCAUCAAUUAAAGCAUUUGAUUGCCUUUGUGGAGAAAGGCGGCGCCUUGCUGUCUCAUGAGGAUGUCCCGGAUAAUUUCCGUGAAGAACUAUAUAUGGAAGAGCGGCAUAGACUAAAGAGCCAACAAUCUCAGAAGAACAAGAUGGUAGACACCCCAGAAAGCUGUCAGCCUAUCAAUAUCAACUUCAAUAGGAUGCAAUCUUCCCCGCAACAAGACACAUCCGACCCAACCACAGCCUCAGCAAUGGUUCUGCCAUCCAAUAACCAAGCCAUAGAAGACCUCAAUCUUACUAGGCUAAGAGAUGAAGCUGUCAAAGAUUACGGCGCAUGGCAUAAAUCGAAUAUUGGUGACGAAAAUCUGAAAGCACAGUUUCGGCAAGCAUACAAUAUGGCGUUAGCCAAUGGUCUUGAUCUUAGACUGAUUCACAAGGACCAAGAUCCCUCAUUCUUCAUCAACAAAGGGAUUGUGGUGAGUAUUGCACGCCAAUUCGUGAGAGCUAUUGGCCAAUGGAUUAAGUGUGUAAGGAAUAUCACACUAGACGACCAAGGUACGCAGGCCACGGCUUGA